CCUCGCUCCGAGCCACGCAGAUACGCGCAGCGUCUCAGCAGGGUCGACAUGGUCAGUGACUAAGCUUAGCGAAAUAAGACGCAGUUUGCGCAGAUGAUUUUCCCCGUGGCUUCCUGGCAGCCUCGCACAUGCUAGCGCACGCUUUGGUUCAGGUCAGCAUCCUGCAGCUGCCGACCGAGCGCUACCAGGGGCCCCUGCGGCCUGCACUCACUGCCACUGAAGCCGCGGACUCGAGUGGGCUAUUCGUACCGGCGGUGGUGAGGGAGCAGCGCGUGCGCUGUGUCAGUCCCCAGUGAGCGUGAAAGAUGUCCAUGGUGCUGUUUGCCUCAGUGGUUCGGGUCAGGGAUGGGCUGCCCCUCUCGGCCUCCACAGAUUACGAGCAGGACAGGGAGCUUCAGGAGACGAAGAGGCACCUCAAAGGGCUCUCCAAAAAACUGAGCCAGUUCCCUGACCGCUGCACUCUGAAAACUGGAAAGCACACAGUCAAUUUCACCAGCUCCCUGGGAGUGGGCUACUUGAUGGUGUGUUCGGAGAGCUACCCCAGUGUCCUGGCCUUCUGCUUCCUGGACGAGCUGCAGAGGGAAUUCAUUGUCACAUAUGACACCAAGCGUAUAAAUGGCGCGGUGCGGCCCUACUCUUUCAUCGAGUUCGACAACUUCAUCCAGAAGACCAAACAGCGGUACAACAGCCCACGCUCACUCUCCACCAGGGUCAACCUUUCUGACAUGCAGACUGAAAUUAAGCUGCGUCCGCCCUACCAGGUGUCCCCUGAGGACCUGGGUACGCUCAACGGCUUCUCUCAGCCAUCUCCCUCUAAAUACAAGGGCAUAGCUCCCAACCAGAUGCUGGAGCCUGUGACACUGGCAGGGCUCGUCUCCUGUGUGCUCAGUCUCCUCUGUGGAGGUCUGAACCUACUCCGCGGAGUCCAUGCCAUAGAGAGCAUCCUGCAGAAUGAAGAAGAAAACUUCAAUUAUGUGAUUGCCUUCUUCCUGGGGACAGUGGCAUGUCUGUACCAGUGUUACCUGUUUGCCUACUGCACGCUGUGGAGGAACAGCAAGUCCUUCCUGGCCUUCGCCCUCAUCUGCCUCUGCAACAUGUACUUGUACGAGCUGCGCAACCUGUGGCAGGUGCUCUUCCACGUGACGGUGGGUGCCUUCACUACGCUGCAGAUCCGCCUCCGACAGCCACAGGGCAAGGCCCCCGACUACAACGUGUGAUGCAGCACUGGAACGACAGGCUGCAACAGGAGCACAGGCCACGCCAGAACCACGUCGGAACGACAGACGACAUACCCGAGCCACUCGUGUGCGUACCUCACCACAGUGCACUCGGGAGCACGAUGACCCCAUACUCGUUUGAAUGGAGCUGAUCUCAGACACGGCAACAUACAGAUGGAGUUCUGCCAGUUAUUUAUUCAUUUUCAUCAGCAUUGUUCCUGUGGCACAUGCUGGCUGUUUGAGUUCCUGCUUUUCUGCUGUGCAGUUAAGAGUUGUGGUGCAGACUCAACAAUAUGCAAUGAAAGCUUUCAUAGAAAUAUUAUGUACCGUACUGUUCUCAUGUCGGAAGCUUCUCUUUCGCCCUCGCAUUAAAAAUGUUUAAAAAAAAAAAAAAAUCUGUGUGGUACCAUGGUCUGAUGCUGAAGGGAGUUUUAGGUCCUCAGCUGUAUUUUGAGAUUAGAGAAACAGAACAAAAACAGAUGAAUGAGAGGAUUUGUCAUUAAACAAUAACUAUUAAGUAGAAAUAAUGGCCAUAUGAGUUGUGUGUCUUUCCUGAACAGCACCUCCUCCAUCUGGAAAGCCAAAUCUACCCCCACUGGUGUUGUGGUCAUUCAGACCAAGUCGCAUGGACACACUGAGCACGUGGGGGGCAAGUGGCUGAGCAUGACUGAAGUCCUGCAAUCUUUGAGAUCCCACUCAAGGUGGCUAAGGGGCUGAAAAAUUCCCCAACUUCGAGUUACUUGAAUGAGUUCUACUUCUCUUUCAGAGACACUUUUUUAAACUCCCUUUUACUGAUUGCUUAACAUGGUGUCAUGGAAAUAGAAAUGUGUUAACUGGGAAAAAAAAAAAAAAUAGCUACAGUGCUGGAGGAUUUAAUCAGGCUCUUGGUUUGAAGAGGCAAAUGACUUAAGAGUGGGUUUGUGGGUGUGAAGUUAGUUUCUUGUUAGAAUUUAUGUUUGAAUCACCUAUGUCUUUAGAGCUUCACUUUAAUUUGCAUUUUGGGUGGAAGAAUUCUCUAUCCUCCCCGUGCCCCUGUUUUCAGUAAACUCCUGCAAAGUUAGCAUUUCAAUUUGCAUUCCAUUAACAUUUGACAAUGAGCAAAUUGUUGAGCAGCAUUCCCUGUGAUCAUUCCCCAUACCGCGGUUGUCUUUAAGCCAGGUACCCAGCUUUCCAGCAAGAAAUGCAGUUUUCUAAGAUUGUUGUGUGUUGUCUUCGCUGAUAUACUGUAUGCUUAUCCUGUCCAACAGCUUUGGCGGCAUAGCGGUUAAAGAUUUUCUGGCCCCACUCUGAUGCACUACUGUGGUACCCUUGAGUGCUGUACUUCCUUGCUGUACUUCUGUUAAAGUCCUUGAGCAGCUUUUAAUGAAUGGAGCAAAUUUAUAUACUGUACAUAUACUGUAAAAGUGCAUGAGAGCAUUGUUAUAUGAGUGUUCUGCCGUUGCUUUUAUUUACAGAUACAUUUCUACCUAUUUGUACAACUUUUACUGCUAUUGUUCAGGUUUCUUUUUCUCUACUUUUAAAGCAAGGCUGUAUAUAUUAACUGCAGCACCACCUUCUGACCUGGGACAUGGUAACAAUGGGAACAUGUUGAUACCCUGUG